GCAGGCGACUCGUUGAUGGCGCUCGAACCUGGGGCAUGGGUCCUGGUGGCCUACGACCUCCCAGGCGUGGUGGGCGCCCUCUACCACGAGCGGCUCAUCGCAGCGGUCGGGGCCGACGCGCAGCGCGGCGUCCUGACGCCCGAUGGCGACCACCACAUCGAGCAGAUCUCCCUCGCCAACGCCGACCUGCGGGACAUCCGUGCGCUGGCUGGCCGGGGCGCGGCACCCGCCGGGAUAAAUCCCGAUCGGAUCCACCGAUUCCGGCGGGUGCCCACCCCGGCGGAGAGGGCUCAGCACUUCGCGGACGGGGCCCUCCUUGCUGGCGUCGCGGCCGCGCCGGCCGCGCAGCCGGCGGCCGCCGCGGCGGGCGCCCCGCGCCUGGGUGCCGCGGCGGGCGCCUUCCAGCGGGUCUGGGUCGUGGCCGAGGAUGCAGCAGGCCUCCAGCGAGGCCAGGUGAUCGCGGACUUCGGCGACGCGCCCACGAUCGACGGGGACAUGGCCAUCGUGACCCUCCCUGCUGGCAAGGUGUUCGCUCGGCAGAUGGGCGAGGACGAGGUCAGAGGCUACGCCAGCGACGAUCUACGCGUCCUUCCCGUCGCCUUCGAUGCGAGCGGCAGCCGCAGGCGCCCGUUCGCAGGGGCCGUCGACCUGCUCGACGACGCGCUUCCGCAGGGCGGACUCGGGCUCGAGGGCGCUGCCUCGGUCGGUUGGGUGCUGCGACGCUGGAGAGACGGAGAGCUGCUGAGAUUCCGCUCUCUCUAUGAUGAGGGGGCCGCGUGCCCGGCGCGGGCUCGCGACAGGGAGCUCGUCGACAUGCCGAGGCCAGUCUCGACGCCGCCAGCCCUCCUCGACGUGAUCGACCCUGUCGGACAGGAGAUGCUACAGGAUUGGAUAAACACCAUGUGGCUAGAUCAGGACGAGUGGGGGCGCGUGAUCGAGAGUUCACCGCCCAUCGCCCCGUUCAUGGACGUCGAGCUGCGCAAGGAUCCCGAGCUCUAUCGGGGCUUCGUCAGGGACCUGCACGCCGCUGGGCUGCUCUCCUUCACCACGGAGCCGAAGGACUGGGUGGACCCGCUCUUCGUUGGCAAGAAAUCUGGAAGGUUGAGGCUGGUGCUCGACGCUCGGGCCUCCGACAGGCGCUUCCGCAAGCGCCCCCCGCAGGCGAUGGGUUCGGGGGCUUCCAGGGGCAGGCUGGAGUUGAAGGGGCCGAGGUGUCUCCGCGACCGGUGGAGGUCAUCAAUGCUGAACCCCUGCCUCAUGUCAGUGCUCCGUGGGUGCUGCGAUUUCGUCGCCAGCCCCGUGGGCCAGCUUGGGGGGCUCUGGGCAGCAGCUGCCCGGGAGUUCUCGGUCUUUCGGAGGCUGCUCUUUUCCUGCGCCGCCGACCUGGGGCGACCCUACUGCAGCGCUGUGGGUAUGCACGACUCCAGUCUGACAGGAACUGCCGUCGCCACCGCUGAGAUGCCUGCCGACAUUGCGAAGAGCAUCGGGCGAGUUGGCGAGCGCUCACGUUUCAAAGGGCGCGACGGGGCCUUGCCUCCACGCGUCUCCGCUCUCGGUCUGCCUGGCGACCCGUUCUCGGGCCCGCGGGCCGCCCUGCCCUGCGAGCGUCGUAGCAGGGAGGGCGACGCCCCUUUGGUCACCAAUCCUUUCUUUGAGGAAGUGCCCAAGAAGCACUUGGCGCGAGCCUCGUGGGCAAACAGGAUGGCUCGAGCACCUCCAGAGAGCUCCGACCCGAUCGACAUGACGUUCCUCGAGGCCAGCUCGAUCAGCAGGGCGACUCAGACGGACUACGACAGGAGGCUGAGCGAGUUCCAGACCUUCGCGACGACGAGGUCGCUCAGGCUAUCUUCCCCGGAGGCGACCGACGCGGCCUUGACCGCCUACGCCAACGCCCUGUGGAGGGAUGGCGCACUGGUCACCGAAGUCGACAAGGUCUACGCCGCGUGGAUCUUCUACCAGCCGAGUUUCGGCCCGCGGGGCCCGCGCCCGUUGUCUCGGAUGUUGCGGGCCCUGAAGGGCAUGAGGCAGCUCGACCCUCCGAGGUCGCGGCCGUCGAUGCCGUUGCCCCACCUUUGCCUGAUCGCGCUGCAGCUGGUGAUCCUGGGAUUCCCCUUGGAGGCGAUGGUCUGCCUGUUGACGUUCGUUGGCUACCUGCGCCCCGGCGAGGCGAUGGCGAUCACGGAGAUGUCCGUCGCCCCCCCAGCGGGCCCCAGCAAGUUCGCGGCCCUGGACAUGUUCCCGGAGGAGACCGCGCAGAGCUACUCGACCGCCCGCGACCACUGGGUCAAGGCGGUCAGCGCGGCGGGGCAUGGCCAGUUCGACUGCGCGAUGUACCAGAUCCGCCGCGGCGGCGCAGGCUGGGGCACCCUCAUCCGCAUCCGCAGCAGGAAGGAGGUCAAAGCCAGGGGGGGCUGGAUGUCAGAUGCCAGCCCGUUGCGGUACGAGAGCGCCGCGAGCGCCCAGCAGAUGGAGGGCGCGGUCUCGGCCGAGGUGCAGACGAGGGCGCAGCGCGCCGUCUCGCAGCUGCCCGCCGCGCUCCGCGCGCGCUAG